GUUCAAAGGACUGUAGUUACCAGGACGUCUAACUUUUUAAGUAUUAAAUAAGUCCAAACUCCUGCCUGCGUUCUGGAUUCUACAGCAUAUUCAGUGUCAAAUGGAAAAUUCAUGAGCUAUCCCAAGAAGACAAGAGUGCACAGACAAUCUGUAUUUCAGCUCAAUGUCUGGCAUGCUGGAGUCUGAUCUGCAUGUUUGUGAUUCAAACGAUAGCUUGCCCACUCACCAGGAUUUCAGCAGUGGUGAUAUGCUAGUGAAGUGUGAGUCUGUAAAUGACGGAGAUUUAAGCAGAAAACAACUAAAUGAAGACAACUACAGGUCAACUACUUCAGACUUAGAGGGUGAAGAGAAGAUGUACCUUGUUCCUGUUCGAACUGAAUCUGAUGAAAGUGGAAACGAAGGCCAAACUAUUGAAACUGUGUCUCUACCAGAUAAUCCAACUCUGUCUAUUUCUGCCUCCCAUGCGGAUCAUUCAGUGUCAGACAUGAUCGUGUCUUCCCCCAACCCCCAACCUUGCAUAUCUGCGUUAAGUGGGAACCCCAUCAUUGGCAACCAUACCCAGGUCCUCACACUGGACCAGCUCACCCCAGAGAGGCUGAUUGAGUUGCAAAACAAAGGACUUAUUCAAAUUGCAUCUGUGGCAAGUUCUCCAUUCCUUGUAAGCAGUCGUACCAACCAACUAGUGACGGGUUCCACACCCCAACCUAUUUCUAUUGCCACCUACCCGAUGAACUCAAAUAAACCAAACGAAGAUGAGGUGUAUCUCACUUAUGACUUGUGUGUUGUGUGUGGAGAUCGAGCAUCAGGUCGCCACUAUGGAGCCAAAAGCUGUGAAGGCUGCAAAGGUUUCUUCAAGCGAAGCGUUCGCAAGAAGUUGACUUACACCUGCAGAGGAAGCCGGGACUGUUCAGUGAACAAGACGCACAGAAAUCGAUGCCAAUAUUGCCGUUUUCAGAAGUGCGUGCUCAUGGGAAUGAAAUCAGAUUCGGUUCAGUGUGAGCGCUCCCCCAUGCACAAGCAAGACGAUCUCCAACACAGGUUACUUGGUUCAACAUCAGAACACCUCGUUAAAGCUUUCAACAGAGGAAUUACGUAUAGGAAUAUAGAUGGUGAAAGUUCUCUGAGUGGGAAUGAAUCUGGUGAAAAACGGCAGGGCAAUCUGAGCACAUUAGCCAAUGUAGUUUCCACAAUCGCUCAAUUCACAAAGCAGGAAAGAAACACAGACUUUCAACCAACUUCGCCAGAGAAAAAUGGACAGAAUGAGAGACCAGCUGAUCUUGAAAAGGCAAUUUCCACUUUAACCAAGACUUUAAAGCGAUGUUCAGAGUCUGAAGAUUACCUCCUCAUGCCCACGCAAACCCCAAUCCUCGAUUUUGAGGGCCCUUUAAUGACGGAUUCUAACUUCGUAUUUGAGCUCACAACCCCCACACCACUGCCUGAAGUAUUCAACGUACAUUAUGUGUGUGAAUCUGCGUCUAGGUUGCUAUUCUUGUCCGCACAAUGGGCAAGGUCCAUAUUUGCUUUUCAACUUUUACGCACGGAAUGCCACACAUCGCUGCUGAGAGAUUGCUGGCACGAACUUUUCAUGCUUGGUUUAGCACAAUGCUCUCGUUCGAUGAACCUUGACCGAAUCAUCAUGACCAUUAUCAGACAUCUUAAAACAUCACUUCAACAAGGCAAACUGACUACAAGUCAUGUAUGCCAUGUUUCGGAACAUUUGAACAAAUUACAAGAUUUUGUGGCAAGGCUGCAAAAGCUUGAAGUGGAUCAACAUGAGUACUCGUAUAUUAAAGCACUUGCUUUGUUCAGUCCUGAUCACGUGAAUCAGUUACAUCGAACGCAAAUCCAACGAUUUCAAUCACGAGCAACCACAGAACUUCGUGAACACGAAAUGAGAACUUAUCCUGAAGACCCAGACAGGAUGUCCCUUCUUCUUCUCUCUCUUCCUGCACUCCGCUCCCUAAGCUCCUCGAUCACGGAGGAAAUCUUUUUUGCCGGACUCAUCGGGAAUGUUCAGAUUGACUCCAUCAUCCCUUACAUCCUGAAAAUGGAGACAGGAGAGUUCACCACAGUGUCUGACUCCUCUCCUCUUCCGGAUGUGAGCCACUACCCACACGACUCCGAACUUGUGUCCGAAUAUCAUCACAGUGAACUGCUGAGUCAUGGCGACUCAUACACAAUUGACGGCCAAUCACAAGAGCAUCUUCUUCCGACUGCGACAACGAUACAGACGUCAUUGUGAUGUAAUAAUUGCUUCGUUCACGUUCGCUUAAGUUCGCGUGGCUUUACUUUUUACACAAUGUUUUAAUUUAAAAAAGGGCCCUAUUUCAAAACAUAAAGCAGCCAUAUUGACUUUCAAAUGAAAAGAUCAUGUUUUUCAUGGAAUAUUACUACAGUAUAUCAUAUUGCCACUUAUGUAAACAAAGCUAAAGUCCCAGUUUUUAUUUAUUAUUUCACCACGUUCAGAUUGCUGUUGUUUUAGGUCGCUGCGUUGGAUUUAACCUAAUUGAGUUCCCAACAGAACCAUGCUGUUACCAGGCUAUUGCUUUUAAAUUUAUGUAUAUCAUGACCUGAAACUUUGUACCUGUGCUCAGAAAUGCAAUAUACUUGCAAGCAUCAGUUCUGUUUUAACAACUGAGGCAAAAAAAGGACUUUAUAUCAUCUGGUUUAAAAAGCAAGCUAGUUCAGUUUAAAAAAAGGCUUGAUUUCAUGUGGUUCAAAAAGUCAAACUAUGUUUAGUGUCUUUUAUUACAAUUAGAAUACCCAGCAUUACACAGAGCAGUAAAA